GGACCUUCGGCUACACCCAAAUCAAGACCUACACUGAGAGUGGGAUUGAGACCGCGUAAACUUCACGGAUCUUCCAGUACAAAGAAGAUGGCUAACAUUUCUAUGUCUACGGAGCAGCUACAGCAGUUGGUGACGUCACUUACGGCCGCAGCUCUUCAAGCCGCAGCUGGCGGUGUCAGGACUACAACGGCAUCAUUUGCUAACGUGUCAUUUUCCUAUGACGGCACUAGAGAAUCUAUACGCUUGGAAGAGUUCUUAUCAGCCGCAUCGGUCUAUAAAAAGGUUAAUGACAUGUCGGACGAGGCUGCUAUUAUGAGUCUUCCUCUGGUGUUGAAAGGUGAAGCUUCUACGUGGUGGCAAGGAGUGAAAGAUAAUAUUACCUGUUGGACCGACUUCGAGGCAAGAUUGCGUCAUGCCUUUGCACCGAAGAUAUCUGGCGUCCAAAUAUUCCAGGAAGUAUUUUCACGCAAGCAACCGUCGGAUAUGCUAUCAGAAACGUUUAUCGCAAAGAACAGAGCCCUGUUGACCCAGCUACGUUCACCGGGUUUAACAGAGGAAUUACAAAUAGAUGCUAUUCAUGGUCAGUUGCACAUUAAUAUACGCGAGAGGAUACCACGUGACUCAGUGAUGACAUUCGACCAGCUGCUAACUGCUGCUAGGAAUGUUGAACAGGUGCUACGUGAGAAGUCUUCAUCAGUGUUGUCUAAUGACCAAUUCGAAAGGCAAACUGGGCAAACCAAAAAGAAACAGCGCUGUGAGUACUGUCGUGCCACGGGCCAUACCGUUGAGGAAUGUCGAAAAAGACUGAAGCAAAUGGGUGGAACACAACAACCUCCUAAAGAGAUUAAAACGGAGUCUACCCAAGCACCGUCACCAAGUAUGUCGACUCUCUACUGCUACGGAUGUGGAAUGCCUGGUUACACAAGAAGCAAAUGCCCUAAGUGUAAAGAAGCUCAACCAAUCAAGAUGGAGAAAACUGGGUUUUGCGCGCUAGACAUCAACUUAGACGCCCGCCCGAGAAUGCAGGUGGGAAUUGCCAUCUUUGAUGUUAUUGGCACAGCGUUUGUCGACCCCGGCGCUAAAUCUAGUGUGGCUUCUUAUCAACUGUACAAGUGCUUAAAGCAAAGACAAUGUAGUUUUGCUCAUCAAACUGCUAACAUAUCUAUGGCAGAUGGCUUGAAACGACGAGAAGAAGUCUUGUCCAUUACAGUACCAGUCAAAAUUUGUGAUCGGAGUGUACCCACAACAUUUGUAGUACUUCCACAUGCUAAAGAAAAUAAAACUAAUAAAACUCGUGUUGACAGUUGCAAACAGACUAAAUUUAUUUUUCAAAUAUACCGUUAUCCGAGAUACAAGUUGUUGCUUAGCCAUUAA